UAGAUGACUAUUGGAUACUCAAAUUACUAAUGGAGACAUCAGUUGAUUCUUCAAGGUACUACAACACACUUCAGGUAACCAAGACAGCCACUCAGGAUCAGAUCAGAGACAAUUACAGGAGGCUGGUCAGACAGCACCAGCCUGAGCUUGGAGGAGACAUCGACUUGUUCCAUCUCAUCAAGGAAGCGUAUAACGUACUUAAGGAUCCUGAAAAGAGAAGUCUAUAUGAUAGGUAUGGAGAAACCCUUGCUCCUGCAGAAGGGACUGCCUCUGGCUCAGAUUUCGGAGGAGCUGGAGGCUUCUACAAUAUGUUCGGCGGAGCAGGAAUGAAUUUUGGACAACCUCCAGGAGGAGCCCAGGCUCCUCCCAGUCAGCCUAACAGUUCGUCAACAAGUCAGAAUAAAACUGCAAAGCUUUACAAAGAUGUCACUAUUACUUUUGAAGAAGCAUAUAAAGGAGCCACAAAGACUGUAGAGAUUGUGAGAAAGAUUGUUCCAGCCAAUUUUGACAUCGCACAAGCUCAGCAGUGAGCAGGCUGAAACGGAAGAGGAAUCAGAAUAACAACGAGGGAGCUCAGUCCAGGAAUGAUACAGCAGCAGUCUCAGUGAUGAGAUGAAUGCCAAGGAUCAGGAUACGCUAACUCCCAAUUCAGCGAAACUAAAAAUUUCCAAGUGAUGGUUGCAAGAGGAACUUCUGAUGGUGAUACCGUUCUUCUCAGCAAUGAAGGGAAUCAAGAGCCUACUGAAGCUCAAGGAGAUAUUGAGAUCAGAUUUAAGCUCAAUGAGUCACACUCAGUGUUGAAAAGAGACGGAGCUGAUUUGAGAAUGACCAAGACCAUUCCUCUGGUUGACGCUUUGUGCGGAACAAAGUUCACAUUUACUCAUCUUGACGGAAGAGUGAUCGAAGUUAAGAGUCCAGAAGAUAAGACUAUCAGAGAUGGAGGAUCUAUGACACUUAUUGGGUUCGGAAUGCCAAAAUUUGUCAGCAACUGAAACUCGACGGAUCAGCAAACAUUUGGCAACCUUAUAAUCACUUUCACUAUUGAAUGGCCUGAGUCGAUCUGUCAACAGCAGAAAAAUGGUCUCAGGAAUAUAUUUAGAACCAGUUCCCAGUCUCCCAUGCAAGAAGCCAAUACAGAAGCAGAAACUAUCUCUGAGAGUGUUGUUCUGGAGUCAUAUAUCGAAGAACAUAGAAACCCAAAUCCCAGAGAGACUGACUCAAGCCAACCAACAGAUUUUCAAGGCAAUUCUGGCGAAAAUGUAGAAGGAGGAGCAUCACCUCAGUGCAGCCAACAAUAAAAGUUAUAAUUGAUCAAUAUGAUUUGCUGAA